AUGCUGUCCAAUCCCACAGGACUUCACGCCCGUCAAAAGCAGCAUCGGCGUCAAAAUUCGACACCGACUGCUUUUGAGGGUAUCAAGAUUCCUACUCUGCCUACAACACAACGACAAACCGCUCACCGCCGCGGUCUCAGCCUAGACAUUCGACGUCAAAACAGCUCAGCAUCACCAGCAACAUCAAGGCAGAACUAUAUGCAUAACGUACUGCGAGAAGCGCAGCAGCAACGCAUUCAAGCACGCCCGGGCACGCAGAACCCUUACGCCAACCUGGCACCAACUGGAAAUGAGAACUUCCUCAUGUCUCCUCACGGAACUCCUCAGACACAACGAUUCGACCCGUCCUGCUUUGACCCUAGCUCACUCCCCUUUGAUCCCUACACUGACCUUAACGUGAUGAUGAGCAAGGGCCAACAAGCUGGCUACGGCGACAACAUGUCGGGAGGUAAGGAAUUUGACAUUUUUAACAAUGACAGUGCUAUCUCGACUCCGAGCUUCAUCGGCUUCCCCUCCGAGGGGUCCUCUGCCCAAGGCUGGGCUUCUGAAGGUGAUACCUCCAGCGCAAAGAGGACCGUGAGGAGGGUGAGCGGUGGUAUCUUGGACCGCGUAAACAAGUUUGAGAACUUGGACACAAAUAGACCAGCAACUCCCCCCAAUCAUAACCAGAGCCAGAGCCAGAGCCAAACUACACAGAGUCAGUUCCUCAGCUGGACAAUGACAAUGCCCAAGGCGACUAACCUCCACCAAGGUUACUUUCCACCUACACCAAUUGAGACUCCCCAUGACCGAUUGGUUAAGGAUGAGACUAUUCCAAGCCGUUUCGCCGAUGGCUACGAUGAGUCAAUGGAGGAGACCAUCAAGCCGGUGAGAAACCGAGGAGGAAACCGAAGGGCUCAGACUAUCUUCCAGGACAUCAGACAACACUCAGACCAGGUCAUGUCCAGCCCAGCUCGGUCAAAUACUCUUCCCGAGGCGUCCUUCAAUGGAUUACCAAUGUCGACUCCCGAUUACAUGAACAUGAACAGCUUUGGCAAUGAGUUCAUGAAGAUCGAGGGCGACUUUGGCCGGGAAGAUAUCCACGGUCUCAACCUCAGCCACCAAAUGCCACAACAAUCCACCCCCAACACUCCCCAAAUGACACAUUUCAUUGGCUCAUUCGACAACAAGCCCGACCUCUACUCAAUGGGUGCUCACUCUAUCUCCGGUACUCCUUCACAAACACCUUCCCGUCGUGACUCUCCCCACCGCCGCACAGAAUCCGUCGCUAGCAUCGCCAGUGCCGCUAGCAUUGCCAGCAUCAACAUUGAGGAGACAAAGACAGAGACCGGCGUCACCCAGGACGAGAUUGCACAGUUCAUCAGCGGCCCUGACGGAAAUGACGGCAAGUGGACGUGUACAUUCGAGGACUGCGGUAAGAAGUUUGGCCGCAAAGAGAACAUCAAGUCUCACGUCCAAACUCACCUCAACGACCGCCAGUACCAAUGUCCCACAUGCAAGAAGUGCUUCGUCCGACAGCACGACCUUAAGCGACACGCCAAGAUUCACACUGGAGUCAAGCCCUACCCUUGCGAGUGUGGCAACAGCUUUGCUCGCCACGAUGCCCUUACUCGUCACCGCCAAAGAGGCAUGUGCAUUGGCGCUUUCGACAAUGUCGUCCGUAAGGUUGUCAAGCGAGGUAGACCCCCCAAGAAGACCCGUCCCGAUAUCGAGACCCGCAUGGAGAAGUCAGCAAGGACCCGCCAGAAGAACAUGUCCGUCAGCUCCAUGUCGUCUUUCUCUGCAUGCUCGGACAGCUCAGCUGUCAACUCACCAGAACAAUUCAUGCUUGACGACAUGAUGGACAUCGGAAUGACCUCGCAGAGCCAGGACCUUGCUGCCGUCUCUUCAGCACCCAUGACCAGCCUGACUGCUGCGGCUCUCCAAGAAUAUGCCUCUUCUCCCUCCACUGGCAGCGUGCACUCAUACGUCUCUCCUGAAGCCAUCAUGGACAACACUUCCAUGCAUGCCGCGUCCCCGACCAAGAGCGCCGGAAGCCAGUACAACACACCUCCUGAGCUCUCACAAUCGUCUUCUCCCCCGGCCACCCACUUCUUUGAAGUGGAAGCCAACCCCUCUCUCAACAACGACGAUCUGACCGUUCUUCCUGGCACAACAACAUUCGUGACCUCAGCAACCAUGGCCGCUACUCUUCCCCUAUCAAUGAGCAACCAGGACGAUGACAUGCUGUACGCAUUCACCAACGAAGAGAAUCUUAUCCAGCUGGAUCCCGAUUCUAACAUGCUCGUGAUGGGCAAAUACGAGGAUGAGUUUGACAACGUCGGCAUGUUUGCCAACAACAACGACGACGUUUUCUUUGGAAGCAACUAA